CAGCUCGCCGCGCUGAACUCAAAUCUGUUUGAAAGCGCGUGCGCUGUGUUUGAAUGUGAAGAUAAUUGUUCUUCAAAUUCAGUAACCUGACACAUUUAUACUGGUCUUACCUGACUGAUUCAAGAAGCCGUAGAUAACGGGAAGAUCAUCAUCUUUGAAAAGCUUUGUUUGCACUGGUAGUUGCACAGAAUGGAGUCGGUGGUGAGAAAGAGCAACAAGGAAAACACUAAACCAGUAUGUGGUCCAAAAAAACAAGUCAUCUGCAGUAUUGUAUCAAAACAAAAAGUGAUAUGUAAAUCUGCACCCCUUCAGUCAAAGAAUGAUCUUAAGGAGGAUGUCUCUGUAACAAGAGAGAAGGAAAAGGUUGUUAGGCCGAAGGCCAAAACUAAUGCUGAUCCUACCAAAUGUAAUAACACACUAAGCCAGGCCUUCCGUACACAGCAGACUGUAAGACACAAGAAGCUUGUGGAAGAAGUUCAUAAACCACCCUCUACUGUCUCUGCCAUCCAGAAAUCCAAACCUGGCACGUAUAAGGGUCGUGUAGUUCAGUCUAAAAUCAACUGUUUCAGAAAACCCAGUGAAGAUGAGAAGACCACAGAAAAGAAAGCGAUUUCAAAACCAGAUGUGAACAGACCAAAACCUGAAUUGUCUAAAGUUCGGUCCAAGUCCGUUACUUCCCUGCCGGCGUACACUAAACCCAGAGUAAACUCUGCUUUGUCAUCUAGACCGAAAUCUGUCUCUGAUAUCCAGCUGAAUGCCACUGAAAAACCAGUCCAGAAGUCCGUUUCCCAUAAACGGAUACCUCAAAAGUUCCCAGGUACUGUCUCCCAAGCAGGUGUUUGUGCUCCUCCCAGGUCUGCCCCUCUAGCUACAGGGCGCUCGGCCAUCAGCAAACCCAGCGCUUUAAAGAAGAAAGACAUGACUGUGCAGGUGGAGAAACCCAAAACAGCUACCACUGAACAGAAAGUCCGCAGGCCUGUCACAAGUACAGUCAGCCAGUACAAAAUGCAAAUAGAAACGGCUGAAGAGAGAAGAGCAAAGCUUGCAGAGUGGCUGGCAUCUAAGGGAAAAGCUCUGAAAAAGUCAUCAACCUUUUCACUAAAACCAAAACCAGCUCCACAGCCUAAAACAGGACCCAAAGCCACAAUUGGUUCCCAAUCUGAGCAUGCCGUCCAGACUGAGGCUGUUAAACCAACCGCUGCAUUGAAGCCUGACAACCAAACUAAUGAUAUCGAAGUCCCUGACAAUAAAACAGUGUGUUCUAGGAGAUCAAGCAGUAUUAUGAAUACCACACUAGACUUGCUGGACAACAGUGAUAUGGAUUUGCCAGUCGACCUAGAGAUAAGGAUGGAGUCGUUGGUGUUGAACUUGUGUGAUAAAUUGGAGGCAAUGGAGACGCUCUCAUCAUGUGAAGAUGGUGUAAAUUUUGACAAAUCUGAUGUGGCAGAGAAAAGAAUGGAAGUGCAAAUGGAGGAGCAGGAAACAGAUAAAGUGUUUGAAAUUCUGGAAGAUGAGGAACUGGGAGAUGAAGAAGACACUAAGAAGGCUGUCAUCAAGAAUGAGGAUGAUGAUCAGGAACCUAAGGAUAAGAAGCCAUUUGCGAGUGAAGAUGACGACAGUGAUGAGGAGAUGAAGAACACCACUCCAGAGAUGGUGGGGGCAUCCAUUGUGAAAUACAAUGUGAAAACAACUCCAUAUCUGCAAAGUGUGAAAAAGAUAAUUGAAUGCGAAACGGCCCCAGGCAGUGGCUCGCGACGCAAAAGCACCAUCAAAGACCUCAAGUUUCUGACGCCUGUGCGGCGAUCAACACGAAUCCAACGUAAGUCCUCUCGUCUGCCAGGUAUGCUGAAUGACCAUGAUGCAUGCGUCUCCUCAUUGGCUGAGCUGGUGCAGAUGGAAGAUGCAGAUGCAAAUGCUUACAUCUACAGAAAAAACCCAGCACUACUGGAAGACCUGCCAGAUCAGCCUGAAGACUUUGCAAAAGUAUUCCGUUAAGCGUUAUAAGCUGAUGUUGAUGUCACUUUCAAAUUGGACAUUUAUAGCAUAUGUAACACCUACAUUUUAAGUAUUCUAUGUGAUGCUAUUAAAAAUAGUUUAUUUUAAUAUUUAAGUGUUUGUUGCAUUGGGCUGCUAAUCAGAGUAAUAUCUUAACUGCAAUGGCUUCACAGCUUAAAGAAAAUGAUUUAUAGGCACUAUUAUAAAACGUUAUCUUCUAUGCUAACAAGGCUCAUGCAGUGUGUGUAUAUAUAAAGAGCUUUUUCAGUUUUUUGUAACAUUUUAACACAACACUGCAUUUUUCAUUUUGUGAACCUGGAAGUUGAAAAAAAUGACAUGGCUGUAAAAAGUAGGAUUUGUUUUG